AUGAUCGUUGUGCCCCUGGCAUUCCGCCGCCGCGGGCUUCUGCUGUCUAGGCGGUGGUUUACCAAGCUAUCUAAUUCGUCCGAGCUUCGUCAUGGCGCUGCUGACGAAGGCUUAGCUUCCACUAAGGAUGCCUCAGCUGAGGUGAACUUGAGCCCGCUAUACACGCAACGCGUCGGCAUGUUCUUGGAACCGGGCGUCCUCUUCAAGGACCACCAUCGGAAGCGCUUCCUGACCUUCAGGCUCUACUUCUUUUCUAUCGUAUCGCUAACGGUCAUCUUGGGCAUGAUCAAGAUCGUACCUCCGGGUUACGUCGGCCUCAUCGUGAGGCGUGAUGGCAGCAUCGACCAGUUCAACAACGAGAAGCGCCUAGCGCUCUUCUACGUGCCAUUCAUGGAGACGCCCGUCGCAUUCCGCACCACGCCGAUACGCAAGAAGAUCAUUGAAAAGUUUACCACCAAGGACGGUAAACAGGUUGAGGCCGUGAUUUUCCUCGAUUUACAAGCCAAGCUGGCCUACGCGAGCCAUGUCUACGCAGUCUUCGGCGUGAACUUUUCGAAAAGCUUCGUCGAGAAGGAGCUUCUCUUCGACGUUGAGCAAGUGGUAAAACGUUUCAACAGGGACGAGCUCCUCGUGCAAUCUGACGAAGUGGAGCGCCUGUUUGCCAGCAAUGGCCAACGCGUCGCCACCCUCAAAAGUCACGGCGCCACUGCGGAGCUUGUAGAACGCUUCCAAGACGCAGGCGCUUUCCACAAGAUCGUCGUCAGCAACAUAGUAAGUCACCCGUUAGUCGAGUCACAUGAUUCAGAACGUGAGUUUCCGUGA